GUUCAGUAUGUCAGCUGCACUUCUUUUCCUGCUUUCUGUCACUAUGAGCAUGGUAAAGGCUCCUCCACCCGGCGACAGACCAGAACAGGAGAAUGCGGACCGACCAGAACAAUGACGGAGCGUUGUCGUUGGAAAGAACUGGAGGCGCGAAUCGUGAACAAUACUCGGGCUCAUUUACAAGAAGCGAUUCUGGAGGCACAGUCACACUUCAACAUAGUAGACACAAACAAGGAUGGUCAGGUGUCAUGGCAUGAGUACAAACCACACUACCUCUCAAAGGACUCUCACAAAGACGGACAUGAUCAUGAAAAUGUGAACGACAUUGAUUCUGUUGCUGGUGGUGAACGAGCGUCAUUCGACAGAGCCGAUUUGAACAAUAACGGGUUGCUAGAUUCUGAAGAAUGGCUAAGGUAG